GCUCUUUACUUUUAUCCACGGUCGUCUUGGUCGUCUCUCCUUUAUCGUUCCCCUUGCCCGGCGUCGCUGUCAUGGCAGGUUCCUCUGCAUCGUCGACGAAGCCUCCAAGGCCACCUAACGCCUGGAUCCUCUUUCGUUCAGACAUGGUCCGCGUCAUGCCCAAGCCUGCAAAUGGGGCCUCUCAACAGUCGGUUGUGUCCAAGGCCAUCUCAAAACUGUGGGCAGAGGCAGAUCCUGAUAUAAAGCGCGAGUACGAGAGACGAGCGGAGAUCAGGAAGCAGGAACACGCAGAGAUGUAUCCUGAUUAUCGUUUUCAGCCAGUAAAGAAAGAGGACAAGGAGCGCCGAAAAGAAGAGGCCAAGCAGGCCAAGGAGCGUAAGCGUCGCUCUGGUCGCAAGGAUCGCGCUUCCGACCGUUAUGAACCGUAUCCGACUGCCACCACCUCCGCCGUCCGGACUGCGCCUUUCCCAUUCCCCAUUCCCAAUUACCUCCCCCUCAAUGCCAAUCCUGACAGCUAUGGGCCCCUUGGCCCAACGCCACCGAUGUCGGCAGCUCCGUCUCCCUCUGAAAAUGCGCCACUAGAGGUCCUCUCCGACGUCCAGGGUGCUGCUUACGCACAGAGGUACGAGACCAUGGAUAAUGCCUCUUCGGCUUCCUCGUCUGCCGCGGCAAAUGGCAUCGUCCCGUCUAUGCUGCUUCGGAGCUCGAACGAUGCAUUUCAAGAGCCGUCUCCAUCUUCGAUGGUACAUUUACCGCCUUCCCCGCCUGCAGCGGCGACGCAGUCUUCUGGAUUUUCAUUCUCGUGGAGUGUUCAUGAUCAGCCGACCGUUCCUCAUCAGCCCCUGUCAUUGUCAGUGUCCAUGCCUAGCGAUGAGCAAUGGAACGAUCCAACAUUUGAUGACUCACUUGAGGCGUUGUUGACGUCAACCGACGACCCUUCUAUAUUCAGCCUAUCUCACUUUGGCCCAUUUCCAGACCACGCGACCCUGGGCGCCGUGGCACUUCCGAUGUACGACCCCAACGCGUUCAAUUUUGAUUUUGACUUUGGAAAUGUCGGAUCGCAACCAACUGAGGAUUCCACCGCGUCCAACGAGGGGAUGCUAUCGCACGGCUCUUCUCAUAUGACUCAGUAUAACCUGGAAGACUUUAUCAACUUUGAUGCGUAUGAACCCAACCACGCUCAAAAUCUGCCUCCUUCCCCCCCUUCUCCUGAACUUGCAGAUAAAGGGGCAUAUCAACCUCCAUCAGGUGCAGCCCUUUCGGCCUCGCGACGCGUUGCGGGGAGCUGGAAGCAGCCUUUUGUGCAAGGGUCAUCUCCCGAUGUUACGCCUCUGCCGUACGGGGUCUCGGCCAAUUAAACCCGCAUAAAGAUUUCUCCUCAUCUGGCCCCUGCAUUAUUUUUUUUUUCAUUCAUCUAGCUCUCUUCAUUUGCUUUCUUGCACGUAUAUAUUCUUGCUGUUUGUAGCGGCAUUCGCUUCUCCCCUGCGACCUCACUCACGUCUCCUCAUCGCCUCUUAUUCUCUCGGAAGUUGUCACGCUUUCUUUUUCGUUGCUGUGGUUGUUCUCAAGGUUCCGUCGUCGUUAUUACAUGCUAUCAAAAUUAGUCGCUUUCCCUUUUUCAAUUUAUCGUCGCAUCAUCUGUACAAAUCCAAAGAAUCUGCUCUGCAAUUAUGUUAUUUAUCUACUAACUUUGUAACUAUGUACCUUGGCAUGACGAAUACAAUGCUUCUAC